AGGAUGUAGUAUAAAAGAUCUCAUUAUAACAUAAAAUAACGAUCAACGAUUUUUCUAAUAUCAUCUAUACUUUGAGUAAAGAAAAAAACAAACCAAUCCAUAGUUAUAUUAGACCUUACAAAUAACUCGCCCAAUCUAGAUAAACAAUAGAUCGUAAGAUCUAGUCUGUAAAACCCCAUUCAAUGUCAAACAAAAAGAAAAAGAAACAGGAAAACCUUCGCCACCUUUCAUACCGAUUGAUUUGUUUUAUGGAUCGUUCCGUCUUUUCUGUAUAAUGUGUAUUCCUGUUGAUUUGAUGCCAUUUUUCAUUGCGUAUCUGGGGCACAAUAAAUUUGCAUCACCCGUGGCGAUGAAUUUGUGACCAAACCGCAAGAUACAAGUUGUCACCGUUGCGCGGAACCGUAUGCCAAAAACCGAACGACAACUCGCUUGAAAGCCGUGGGCAGUGUAAUUUUUCACCAUCGCACAAAGAUUCGUCACCUUUCAGGCAAGGUUCGGUACAUAUCGUUUUAUCGAUCGCAAAACGUUGCCAAUACGGGAGAUUUGAACGUUGCAAUGGAAUCCACGUCGUUGUGAGUGAUCGUUCGACCCGAAAACAGAUGGUGUCCUUCCAUGGAGGAUGCGUUUUUGCGAAUAUUAAGAUAAAUUGAUGUUGAUUUUUCUCCGCCUGACACUUCAGUGGUUUUUUUCCGAUGGAUUGUUUUAAGAAAGAUAAUACUUUUAUUUAAAUGUAAUUAUAUAAUCGAUUUGUUUUUCUUUACGUUUUCUUUAGAAUGUUUUUAAAAAUCAAUACCAAUUACGGGUUAAUGUUUUUUAAAUUGAUUUCUGCUGUUGGGUUACACGCUUUCAAUAAAUAAAUAACAGUAGCUGCUCUUUAACAAUUUUAUUCCCUCUCAGAAAAACAAAGCUACGUCGCGUUCCGUCGUUUCACUGAAAGCGAGUAAAUCAACUCGUUCGAUAGCAAUCAGGCAGGUUGGGAAGCGAACGCGAAAAACUUAAAAUCCUUUAACCGGCUGUCCUCCUAGCCGGACCGGAACGAUCCAGACACGACACGACGUAAAAAGCUGGUAGAGCUUGCACGACUAAAGAGCCUUCAGAUUCACCUAGCUACUGGUGAGCCCGUGUGACUAUUUGCCGGAAGUGAAUGUUACGUUCUAGAAGCUUCUGUUUCUCGGUUCAGGGCUGAUCGAGUUAUUUUUUGUUCCGCGAUGACUCAUCCAAAUAUGGUUUAAAAUUAAAAGACACAUUUCCUCAGACACAUGGAAAUGGAAAAGAUUUAUAUGUUGGGCGCCACCACAUAGAGAUCUCUUCGAAUAUUCAGUAGCCGUUCUGAGUGGCAUGUUAUGAAAGUUCGCUAUCAAGUAUCCUUCAUUCACCACGACCAUGAAUUAUUGAAUUUCACAGUAAAACAACACCAACUGCCCAAAACCAUUACAUUUGCCGUGUUAAAAUAAUGCUGCUCGGUGGCGCCUUCAGUUGCCUGCAGCUGGUUAAGUCGAAAAUGAAGGAACACCACGAAAAAAAAAGUUCCAAUUUAUCCCGAAACGGUACGAAGUUGCGAAGAGUAUACUUUUCUUUCUUUUUUUAAAAGAAAAAAUAAAAGGUGGUCUCCCGCAACGGAUAACUUUUCCAAGCGCUCGCAAGCAUCAUAAAGUUGUGCACCGUACAAUCAUUGCUGGCGCGCGUUCGACGGCAAAGUUCGCGCCGCCAACGAUGUGUAGUUUAUUUUGGCUCAAAUUUACAUCAUUAUAUCAAUCACUUCAAUUACGACGAUCGAGCAAGAUCGGGAACUCCGAUCGGUGCGAGAGCAUCGUCAAUACGCUGGCAGUGUGACAUUCUUUCCGAGGGUAUUGGAGGAUGUUUUUUUUUGCUUUUGGUUUCCAUUAUGCCCUUUCUUGUGCCUUGGGAGUUUAUUUUUAAAGGCUUUCGGGUACUUGAAAUGUGUUUUUUUUCCAACAGGCCACGGCCACGGGUUACAGGGUGCGUGUGUGCCAUACCGCGAAGGAUGUUAUCGUGAUCCCAUUACUCCGACGUUAAUGGAUUUCGCUCGGGGGAUGUUGUGAUAUUUGUGCCUGUUUUAGCUUCAGAAGCUGUGGUGAAGUAUUCGUUUUUUUUUUGCAAAUUAAAAUCCCACACCGUGUUGCAGAACACACACGUUACAUGGUGGGUAGCUAAUAAAUUGAUUGUACUACACGGUGGAGGUUGAACGUUUAAUAACAUUUAAUUACCGAUACCAAAAACCCAAUCGAUCUGUGUUGUACAGUUUGCUCGCUUGAUUUGCUACUAAUUUUUGAACGCGUAUCACUGACGUUUCAAACGAAAAUCAAAACUCGUCCCUCGAGUACGAUUCAUGCGUCAUCACCGAGUCGACCUUUCCAGUCCAAUUAAUCGACGAAAUUUCCUGCAAGCGACGAAACGGCAAUGAAUGCGCUGGAAAAGCAAACGGCAACGGCAGACGGCAUCUGAAGCGGUUAAUCUGCUUUGGACUAAUCUCUGUUCAACAUUCAUUCCCAUCUUCCGGCUAAAAUGCCUCUUCUCUGGUAUGGUGAAAUGAAGUUCACAAAGAAAAAAAAUCAACAACCCAGUCCAAAAAAAAACAAAAAUAAAUCUCCAAACUCCAGGCGAUCGGUCAGCUGGUGUUCGAGCGCGUGUGCCACAAUCCAAUUGUGUGUAUGUCUGUGGAUUUUUCAUCGGAUGAAGGAAAUUAGUACCACUUUGUUUCGUUAACGAUGAUUAGUUCAUUCAUUACGGAUGGAUCGAUAAUCGUCUGCAUAGGAUCGGCGAUCUUUACCGCGUGCGUGUAUGAUGCGAAGCGAUCAGCAAUUUAUCAAAAAAAAAAAAAAAUCCCAGCCGUGCGAAAACGCACACCCCGUGCAUCAUCAUCAAACGGCAGCAACACAACAAAACGAUCAUUACGAUCGCAUACCCGUCAGCAGCAUAAGUAAUGGGCAAAGAGUCACUCUUCAUUUCGGUCAAGUUUCCACUCGGUCUUCUGAACUCGGUGCGUUCGUGUGGUAGAUCAUGUUGUUUUUCUUUUCGCUUUAUGAAACUCGCAGUUAUUGGAUGGAUAAAAUCUUGACAGCAAGCACCGCUUGUGGUCAACUUUUUCGCUCAUCCACAGGAAGCGGAAUGAAUGUGAUCUAUGGGAUGCCACAUCUAUCCACCGUUGGUCUAUGAGGAUCAUAAAAACGCCACAAUCCACAGCGGGAGGAAAAGCAACAAAAAAAGGGGUCACGUCCAACACCUGAACUUGAAAAGCGCUUCAGGCAAACCCAUUUGUUCGGGCAACAAUGACACCGACAAUGGUGCGGUGUCCACUUCACAACCACCUGCCGACAAAACAGUGCCGCCUGUGAGCUAAUUCUCAUUAUGCUUUAAUGAGUUUUAUUAGCCACUAUCAAAGUGAUGGAAUGAGACGAAGAGUUGGGGAUACAAUUUGCUUGUGAUGUUCCGUAUUAGUUCCGUGUUAUUUGCCUGGGAUAAACCGUUUCAUUUUCCCCGAUGAACGGAGGAUGGUAAACUGCGGAAUCUCCUUCGUGUUCUAUUUAUUAUCUUAACACUCGUUUCACUGAUACCUAACCAAAUGGUUUCUACUUGCGGAAAUUUUAACCUCAGUAUAAAAUCUCUUCCGCUUCCAUUAUUCCCAAGCCAAGUCACUCGUCCGGUUUGAGUCAAAUUUGCUCUUGAAGCGUCACUAGUUCUUGCAGGCGUACCCAACGAAAUUCGAAUCUUCCACACUCACAUUUCCGUCAGCCAGCCUCUUCUUGGGGUGGCCUGAAUUACGAUUACAAUGAAAUUUUAUGAUUCUAUAAACUGCACGGUUUAUAAUGAUCGUUUUAUGCUGAUCUCGUUUUUGUCCAGUGGUGCAGUGUUCUUAUUGCCCAGACAGCAAACAGCAGUGAAGAGUUAUGGGAGAUGGAUGAGAUGAUGGGCAAUGGUGGACGAACUGUUCGCGCCAUUUUUUUAAACCAUAAUGUGUAGUACCUGACCUUUUCUGGUGUUUCUGGUGGUGGUGUUGUAUUUAGUGUCGAAUACAUCGAGUUCUUUAUUAGCGUGUUUAUAAUUCCACUUUUGGGAGUUGAGUGAACGUGUUUUAACAUUAUCCGAUCGUACAUUUUGAAAUAUUAUUCAUCCUAGUAAGAAAUGUAUAAUAAUUUUUUUUGCUAAGUUAUAUAAGUACAAGUAACAUAAAUUUAUUGACAAUUUAUAAAAAACACACAACUCCCUUUAUUUGUGUAAUGGAUCCUAUCGAAAAAAAGGAACAAGUACGCUGUUCCAUAUUUUCUUUACGUUUUGUAAAAUACAUAAUUCUACACCCCAACGCAACACAAAACAUCGUAAUCCAGCCACGAAAGCAUGUCGUUUCUCGACACCACUAACUCAUGCCAAAGGUCAUAAAAGGGGACAGCAACGCAAGUCACGACGGAACGCUACCAUUUCGGUAGGUGGCGGCAACAGCCGGCCGCUGGAUAAUUUCAUUGCCGCGACCAUCAGGUAUCCUUGCGAAGGACAUUAACCGUGCGCCGACGGAGCAAAAGGGCAACAAACGGAUGCUUUGUUUUAUGUUGUUGCGCUCGUGGCACGACUACGAUCAAAACUGACCAAAGCGCAAAAGGUACAUAAUUCUCGUAGGGAACUGUUGCCAAAGCAUGAUGUUUUCCCUCGCUAAAGGGCGCAGAUAGUGGUGCAUUCCCCGGGCUUAAGAGAGCGAAAAUAAAGCGAAUGUCUGUGUGUGCGCUCGCGCGCGUAAGUAGUGUAAAAGUAGAGCAGACCCCCGGUAAUAAGCCCGGCGUAGUUUCCAAUCGGGAUGAUUACGGUUUAUUGCAAAAUUAUUUUACGAUGAACUGUUUUUAAAUCGCACCAAAGGGAGUAUGAAGAAAAUAAGAUAAAAAGAAACUCCACUGAGCCCUGAAUUAUGGUUGCCUAAAUUAUAUCUCCCGGUCACUGUUGUCGACCGAACGGUUGCGAACCACUUCUGAUGAAGUGCCUUUUGUUUCUUUUUGCUCCUUUUUGUGAAGCUCAUAAAACAUUUAUAAAUAUAAGACACGAGAACAGGUACAUAAAUAAUCAUUACGUUACAUUGUUCCAAUAUUUGCUCACUUUAAAAAUGGAUUUUUCAUACUUAAUAAUACUUUAUUUCAAAUACUUAAUGUUGUGAAGCAAUACGUUGUUUUGGGUAUUAUAAAAUAAUUGAAUUAUUCUUAUCCUUUCCUAUUGCCCAAUUUCAAGGGCUUCAAAACGAUCAACUAGCGAUGUGAUUAUUGCCGAAAGCCACAGCAAUUCGGCUGUUGCUGAUCCGCGGGAAGUUGAUCUUUGCCUUUCAACAAUCAACCCACAACAAUACCCAAAACUUGCCAAACAAAUGCUCCCGCACACACGAAUAUCCCGUAAUACGCACAACCACACACAUGCUCUAUGGAUUCUGCUUCUCCAACCCUCCUAAGGGUGCCGGCGCAGGGGGGAUGCUGUGUUCGCAAAAGUAUAUGUAUUCCCUGAGUGCAAAAGACAAAACCCGAGCAUGAUUGAUGGUUUUGUUGAAAAUGUAAUAAUUAGAUAUGCUCUAUCGGAUCCCUUCUCCACCUUCCCUUCCUCGCAAGCACUUUGAAUGGGGAGUUGUUGUUUUUUUUCACUGGUUGAAAAGCUUCUUUCGCUCUGUGCGGCCGCUCUGAGGUCUAGCUAAUCCUGCGUAUGGCACGACCUCCCUGCACGCCCGCAACGCGACUUGUGGUCUAAUAAAUGAAAUCAACAACGGUGCCUCGAAGCUCAACCGGCAUUAUGGACCUCCCUCCGUUUGUACCGAACAUACACGCGCAGGGGUGGUAAAGAAAGCCGAACGGUGGAGCACGCACGCAGGAUCGAACGAAAGACGGCCAACGCGGGAUGGAUGUGAUUUGAUCUUGUUUAUCCGGCACCCAACUCUAAAUGGCUAUCCACAAACAGUCCGUGUGCCAUUUUUGUGACCAUUUGCGAAGGCCUAACCAGCACUCGGUUUCGGAUCGAAACGGGAGCAGAAGCAGUAACAGCGCUUUAAUCUUCGUAAAUCCGCUGUCGUCAAGUUGUUGCUCCAACAAAAAAAAAACACAACCCUCGUCCCCAGUGGUCCCCAGUGGAGGUUGGGUAGUGUUGAUUUGUUUUAAUUAUUUUUUUCCACCCCCGAAGCCUUCCCCGAAGCUAAAGAGAGGGAAAGGUUUGGGUGGGGGGAAAGGCCAGGUGCGCUGUCAGACGGUGUCCUACAUGUGUGCUGUUUGUGUGUUUUUCGAUAUUAGUUUCAUUUCUGCACAUCAACGGUGCGCCAUACAUCGCCAAACCAUUGACGUCAGCAGUAGCGAUCGUUCCGUCGUCCGAAAAUUGCACUUCAGUGGCGCUAGGCGAAGAUUAAGUGUCGGUGUUCACCUUUGUUGCGUGUGUGCGAUGGUGUUGACUUGCUGCAGAAAGGUUUGGCCGCAUGGACGCACCAUGUUUGGUGUGAAUAUGUGUUUCCAAACUACAUGACAGCUGGUAUUGCAGCUUGUGUGCAGCAAGAACAAAAACUCAAAAUGUUUUGUUAUUAUACACUCCUAUUUUAUCCAUUAAUUAUAAAUCUUUCUCAUUCGCAAUACGUUCCGUUGUAAAACAAUGCGAAAUUUAAACUAUACAUUGUUUCACGUGAACAAUGAUCUCAACGCCCAUAAACGAAAAAGGGGCGCCAUAUAUCACCCAACUUCUUUAACGAAACUUCACUUUUCUCGAUUUGCUUGAAGAUAUUCAACUUUUACCUACACGACUUAAACAUUACCUUAAAGUUGAUACGGUAUAAUCAUUCGUCUCUUAGCAAUGUUCAACCAAUGGAAGAUAAAAGCAUUAUUUCACGAUUCAGCAAUUAACGUUAAACAUUUUGAUCGUUCCAAAGGAACGGUUUGGUUGCCUACAUGGGCAAAAAGAAAUCUCGUGUCACAAGUGCAAAUUUCAUUAAACCCUCGUUAAAGCGAUCCAUUCGUUUUUCGUGAGUGAGUAACGUCGUUCGGAGUUGCUGAAGACCAUAAACCUGCAAAUGAUAUGCCGCAGUUCAAAAGUUAAAGGUAGAUGUCAACACAUCCCGUUCCGUUGAGUAGAAUGUCGUUCAUCCGAAAUUAUGGAAUACUUUACUUUGCAUUGCAUUACGACAGAGAGACAGGAAUGGAGAGAACUCAAAAUGUAUGAAAGAUCACAUGGUUCAUAAAUCACCUUAAAGUACUUCAUGGAGUCACAUCUGGCGAGGAGUUUUAUUUUAAAGUAGUAUUUCCUUGAUCACUAAAAUACGUAAUGGAUUUUCCUUUUAUUAUAUUAAAUUAACCUCACUAAAAACCGAACCUCUCACUGGUAUACCUUCUGCCAUUGCAUUAACUAUGUAAGAAACCAGUUUAGGAACUCUCUAACGCAAAAUGCAAUUCUCCUUCACCAUAUUAAACAGACCACCACGAAUGGCAAGAUGAUUGAUCGAAUCAUAAUCGUGGCUCGGGUGGCAAAUGAGAACCCACUUACCGUACCGGAGUAAGGUUGAUAAAUGAGAGAACGGGACUAGAGAAGAAAUUAAUUAAAAUGCAAUUUCCUAUCAGUGUACUUCAUCUAAGCCGGUUCAAUAUACAAUGUUUUAUUGAUCCGACAUCAACGCACUUAGAUAAAUUAAAAGAUUUUCUUCCCAAAAACCGGUAUUCAAACAGUUUUGGGAAUUUAAAUGGCUAGCAAAACUUAGAAUGGAAAUAAAAUGAAGAUAUCAACCGAUUUGCUAAAUAUAUUCCAUCCAGCACUUUAAGCUAAACUACUUCCAGUGAACUCAAUGCAUCAUUGUGAUUGAAUGUUUAUCUCUUGUUAUGAACGAUGACUGUUUAAAUCAAUCGUUUAAAAGUGCAUAGAUCUAUUCCAUUGCGUAUAGCUAUCGAAAUGUAUCAACAAAUCAAUCUCAUCCGUCACUUACGUAUUAAUGAAUGCAAACCGAUCUGGUCCUGAAGCCCUGCAUACCACCAUUAAUCUGCAAAGCUGAAGAAACCGAAACCAUAAAACUUGAGCAAAGAGACCCUUAUUGAUACAUUGAAGCCAACGAAGUGACCAUUGAUGCUAUUGCCUUAAGCUCGAUCGUAGAUGAAGCGAAGCAGAUAGCUAUAACUGGCGUUUAAUGUGAAUCGCCAUGCAGUGGAGGAGAGGAUCCAUCAGGCCGUUUGACAGGAGAUUAGCAUCAGUCAUCAGCAUCAGGAAUCAGCUGGACGUGGACUGAAACCGCUUCCGUAAGCUGAAUAUUGAUGUGGGCUCAAAGAUGCAUCAGGUCUAUCUAUUCAGACAGUAUGCUCCAGCCUCCCGUAAUACGAUGACAAAUCGUUUCGAAGAUCAUCCACGUCCGAGGCCAUUCGCAGGAACCAAAGCAGAAGGUGGACAGAAACAUUCCAAAUUGCUCGGUAAUUGAAAUUGUACCUUGCGCACAUGAUGCGGACAUAACUUAUCCUCACCACUUUUGGUGGAUGUUAUUAGUGACGAAGCUUAGAUAUGGCCAUUCAUCUCCCCUUCGCACUGGCUGAUGUUAGUUCACUGACGAAUGGUUAGUGCUUGGAGGAUGGUUCAAUACGGGAUCCUCAACGCUUCAUUUUGACAGCUUGAAGAAUUACCCACGAGUUUCGAUGACACACGCAUUAUUCAGCAAAACUUCACAUUGUGUUUUGUGCGUUAGCAUCAGACUAGACCUACGCUGGAAGUAGUUCACUUAAUAUUCGCCCAUUCAAAACGGCCGAAUGUACCACGGCGCCUUGUGCCAGCGUGUCAAGGCUUUGGCGAACCCGUACAGUGCGUAUGGGAGUCUGUAGCGACACCGUUGCAACCUACAGCUCCACUUGGCACAAACGUAUGCGUAUCUCCUACCCGUCGAUUUAUCUUUGCCGCCUAACAAUUCAAUUAACAUAUUAAUUACAUCGACGCUAAGUGCUAGACGUUGUACCGUCUCGGAAAAGGGCUUCCGCUCGCUUCAGAAGUCAUCCUGCCACAUUCCUCCUGGUGUGUUCACCAGCAGCAACACGGGAGCUAACCCGAUUGCCACCGGCAUGAUUCUGGCCACCAUUAGACGGGUUCGAUGUAAGACUACUGCACAAAUUCGUCGUUUUCAUUGGUGAAGUAAAGUAAAGCAAAAAAAAUCUGAAAAACCCUCCCAACGCACCAGAUCGAUCCCCUUUGGAGUUGGCCUAUGAGUGGUGCAAUUACCUUUUUUUCCUUCCUUUCCCGACGACAAGCACGACACUCACGAGACAUGUCAUGUCCUGAAACGGCGCACUGCAAUAAAUUAUUCUUCUACGAGUAUAUGGCGACCCGGCCUCUACGGCCGGCGUACACACCGAGAGCCUGAGUGCAGCAAAACCACCACGGGACCUCGGGAACUGAAUGCGCGAGGUGCCGAUGAUUAUCUUCCGGCCGGACGCGUUUCCUUCGAUCGACAGAGUUCAAUCGUUCAACGGCAUGCAUACACGUACACACGGUGCGACAACGUACCGAUACGCCCGCGUUGCCGGUGUGGCGGCGGCCAAGGGGUGGACGCGUGAAUCCGCUGUCGAUCUGCUUACGGGUUUCGAUGUUGUUCACGUCGAAGUUUGCCUUUUUCCUACUAAAUACCCGGCUUGAUUUCCAAUCGAAUAUCCCAUUCUGCGGCUUCAAUUACUCCGGUACGGUAUGUACGGUUGUUGUUUUGUUGUUGCUUUCCGUUCCUCUUUCGAAAUGCUAACUUUAACCGGCUUCGAUUGCGAAACUGCGCAAAAUGUAAUUAAAAGCAAACUGUCUCCGAACAGCCGAAGCGCUGCAGCGGGCAAAGUUAAUGGAAAACGCUUUACCUUCGCGACAGGAUUAGAAAGAUCUAUAGAUCGCGUCACCGGUGGUAAGCGACGAACCUCCUCGUUCUUCUCGAUCGAUCGUUUCCGUGCUAAUGAAGAUGUAACUUUACCGCAACAUGAUGGUGCAGUAAAGUUCGAUCGAUUUUAUUGAACUGUUUCGAAUUGCGCUCGCAAGAAGAGGGAGUGCACAUAUAAAUAUCCUGCGGCAUUAGUGCGGUGUACUGCUGUCAGUAGAUUAAGAUUGUGCGUUUGAGCGGGCUUCUCGUGGUUUUUCUUAGCACAAGUGCAUUCUGUUUUGCAAACGGCAAUGGUUAGUCGCAAUGGAGAUCGAAAAAAAAACGAGACUUUAAUUAAAUUGCUCAUAGCGUGAGGAUCGACAAGUGAUCGUAGAAAACAUACCUCAAAAACGAUUAAACGUUUACGAUAAUUUAAGAAAUAUCUGCAGCAUUGCAGUUUCAUUUUAAGGCGUGCUUCAAGAGUCAAUAUGAAUAAAUUUAUUUAACAAGUAUUGUACACUAAGAAAUAAAUUCAUGUACAUCAGUAUCGGGUGGAAUACUUCAGACGAUUAAAGUCACAUACGGUCAUAAUAGAAUCAGGUUGGCUUAAAAUUAUCUGCCUUCCUUACAGUCAAACAUUUUAAUCUCUUUGGCAUGAAAUUUGUUGUGACAGUAAGAAUAUCACGGUCAUACUAAAGUUAACCCAAGCCGGUUGUGAUUUAAUAACGGCUCCAAGGUAUUAAAAGAAUCCACCAGCUAAACACAAUAAGCCAGUUUUAUCGAGGAUAAUGAGUCUCCCGCUCUUUUUUAUCCCUUGGUCUUUUAUUUUGUUUGUUACCUACAAUUUAAAAAAACAUUUGAAGUCGUAACGCAUAUCAUUAGUUAAAAACAGCGGUACGAUAAAAUCUCAUGUCGAAAACGCGGGAACUCCUCAACAGGGUGUGGUCCAAUGUUUUCUUCUGUUGUCGAAUAUGUUUUGAACCGAUUAAGAGGAAUGGCAUUUUUUUCGCACGUGAUUAGAAUGUUUUUUCUUCGCUUUCCCUCUCGCUCUCUCUCUCUCUACCCCUUCCCACCCUUUUUGUCUCAUCCGAUCAAUGAUUCGAGUGUGCCAAACCUUUAAAUUAUUUAGCCGGGCUCGUAAACCAUCAGGGUCAGCAGCAUCAAAUGUGGUCCGAAAUGUGAAACAUGCGAUCACCGGCAGAUAGUGGCCGGCUGACAACUUCCACCGCACCAAACUGAUUAUAGGGUUUUGUAACCACAUCGAGGCAUUUUGGGCGAAGCGAGCAGAAACAACAAGUACUGGCGGUGGGUCUAAAAUUCCAAAACUUAAAUAAAAAACACAGCUACAAAAAAAAACCACACACACGCAAACAUUUUAAUCGCAACGCUGCAAAGUGAGAUGUUUGGCCAUUUGUUUUUCUUUUGCCCUUUUUCUUCUUUGUGUCUGUUGAACUUUCAAUUUAGUUGUUCUCUGUACCCACCCGCCUGGUUUUGUUUUCUUUCUUCUUUAUUUUGUCUCUAUCGAUCGAUUUUUAAGAUAAUAUCAACAUCGGUGGAAUUCAGACCACCGAAAACGGCCGGCCCUGCCUACGGUGGAAGUGUUUCCUUCGGGUCCUUUGCUAGCGGGAUGUAAUUUUUGUGCCGUAAAAAAUGCGAUCAUUUCUUUACUGCUAAGUGAAAUUUAACCACACACCGUCAAAUAAAAGCAUUUGGUGAAUCCAUCCAUCCAUCCAAAGGAAGAAACAUUUUCGGUAAGAUUCCAAAACUUCGGCGGUUUUUAUGUUCAAUUCCCUUUUUUGCAUUGACCAGCCCAAGUAAAAUUAUCUCAUUCUGGUGCAAACGUGUCACAAUUAGGGCCCUCCAGUUAACGAGUCCUGUCGUUGUACUGGUAAUUGGGCAUUGAAACGAGAGCACUUUUCCGAGUAGCCGAACGCGUGGAAACGACAAAUCGCUGCCCCUUUGUCGUAACGAAGUAAAUUGCCCAAGGGCGCUGCAAGCGAACUAAGCGACGAACCUCCCCGCUUUAUUAUUUCUUUCACCGUCCUUAAAGUGUCGCACAAUUUAGUUUCGACUCGACUCAAAAUUCAACCACGAUCGUUCGAUCAAAAGACAAUAUCGUAAUUAUGGGGAGAAAAAUUACGUCUUUUGUCACUGUUUUUUUUUGUUUAUUUGCGGCAAAUUUUCCACCUAUCCUUUUACUUCGAUACUGCUAGACGAAAAGCAAAACUAAAGAUCAUGGUAAGAUCGGCGGUAUAAUGCAUCAGCAAGCAGAAGCAUAUAAAAAAUGUUAUCAAUUUACGUGUAGUUGACAUUCCGCGAGAGUUUGCACGUUUGUGUUGCAAAAAAAAAAAACACAAUACAAACAUUCCCAAGCGCGUUUGGUAUGUUUAAUUUUUGGUUUGCACUUUUUUUCGCACCAAAGUCACCCUAAAUGUUGCACCUUUUUGAUUCGUUUCGUAUCAAAAAGCCAAAACGCACAUUGGCAUCCCAUUGUUUGCGGCGCUGUUUGCGAAUUGAUGUUAAGGAAGAAAAAAAGAAGUAUUUUAUUGGUCACAAAAGAAUGCCUCAAUGGAGAUAUUUAUUGCACACUUAUUGUGUGCGAAAACGAUAUAUAAAAUCGGCUCGAUUGUAUUAAAAGAUCAUAUAAAUUUUAUCGCUUUACUUCGUUUGUUUCAUUUUUGCCUAAUUGUAUGGGAAAGCAGACAGAGUGUGUAAUAAAUUGUGUUAACUAUUUAUUGAAAUUUUAAACAAAAAACGCAUUUCAAACUAAAUUCACAACUUGAUUUUUUUUAUUUAGUUUAUUUUAAAGUCUCCCAUAAUUUGUUACUUUAAUAAAUGUUGUCAAAUGAAUUAAGUUUGGCUUGAUCUUUCACAUGUCUUAAUGCCCCGCUCGAAACAACUUUAACUUCAAUUUUAACACUAACAAACACAGGUAAUUGAAAAGCUGACCUACCGGUCAACAUUUCAAACCCUCGGCUUUGCAAACAUAUAUGUUCGUAUCCUGAAGGCAAUGCUGAUAAUUAAUAAUUAACCUCCCCCAAAAACCCACCCUUGCGUACCCCUAUUCGGUUGCCGCCAUUGUACGUCGUGUGUUUCGGUGUCCCGAUUUCUUUGCCCGCUGGUUGGUUUUGAUCCGGUUUGAAAUUCCGUUUGCCCCGGUGGUCGAUGGUGGCAAAAAUGCUGUGCGUUGAUGCCGUCGGUGGCAUCCCGUCCAUUUAUCAUUACAGAGCCCCCGAUCGACACCCCUCAAAGAACCCCGUCGCCGGGUGUAUAUGAUACGCAAAACUGGUGCGUAUCCAAGCUUCUGGGAUGCUGUGGGUGGGGAGAGGAUAAAGGAGGGGUGUAUGAUCGUAUCGUCGGUUUGCAAAACCACCUGCGAACGAGGGCGAGAAGUUUGUUCCAUGUCAACGGGCGGAUCGGUUUGCAUUUUGGCUGUGUGCUGCUAAAGCUUCGUGCGCCUUGAGUUGCUGUGAAAUUGAACUGUCUUGUAUAUCUCUUUACGUCAGCUAGAAGAAUAGGGAUGCAUUUUCUUACCCAACAUGCAAUAUUUCAUGUCUUAUCACUCGAACACAUCCUACUUCCCCAUGGAGCGAAAGCAGCUCAACCGAAAGGUUUCAAUAACUCAUAGAAAUGAUAUAAAUUGCUCAUAAAACCGUCCACUCCUUUUAUCUAGUUCCUUCAACUAGAAAGCUAAACAAAAUAGCAAUCUUACACAGGCGCUGUAACUGUGAAGAAAGCAUCAAACGUUUUAGGUCGUGGACCAGCCAAGGCAAGGGAUAGCCCAACGUAGUACUACACCCCUUUGCGAUGGCAUAAAUUAAAAUGAUAAAUUGAUACCGCAGAUACUAACUCCCUAUACAUUCCAGUGUUGGCGUUUGCUUGCACAACGCGUUGUCGCGUUGAACAUGCAAUUAGCUUUUGCCAACAUUAUGCGCGCGCGUAGAAUGCACCACAAACAACCUUUAUGCCCGGGCACGCAUACAUUCAUCGGCAUUCAUCUGGCCCGCCUGCUGUUUCUACAACGCCAGAGCCCUAUCCGUUUCGCGGUGAACCUUCGUUUUGUGCUUAUUUUUUCUUCAUUCAUGCGGAAUGAUAGAAAGGAUGGAAACCUUUCCCGCUGGUUACAUUAGAUUGCUAAAAGCACACGAUUAGUUAUUUUCCCUUGGUACGGUUUUUUUCAUUUUCUUUUGUUGAUUCGUGCUUUUAUUAUUAAUUUUGUGAUUUUGUUUAACACUCACAAACAUCGUUGAAAAAAAAAUCCUAUUACCUUAAUGCCACUAAUCGUUCAAUCUAAACUGCAAUGUAAUGCACUUCAUCGCAUUACAUUUGUCACGGAACGAUGAAGAUAAAACGGGCAAAAGUGUGCAAUUUAGCUUAAGAUUUUGUUUCAUACGACAAAACACCGAUGCGAUCACGAUCGUUAACGGUCGGUAAACGGGCGACAAAUAGUCACCGCCGAAUCCGAUUAGCGUAAUUUAAUCAUUCGCUCAGCCACAAAAUCCACAGUGCAUAAGGUAGUUUUUUAAAUUGCACAUGCUGCUGCAUAAAUGAAUAAAUGAAUUUUUGCACAAAUCUACACACUCGAUACCGAACAUGCGAAACGAUUUCAAAGAGGUUUUACCUCUUAUCACACUCAUCAGAUUGCGUGAAAUUCAAUCGUGUGUACACACACACACAUGCGCUCAUCUACUACCGAGCGAUAGCUUAGUCAUCGUUGUGACCGUUGUGUGAAUGUUUCCCAUAUUCUUUUAUUCAUAAAUUUCUCGUCUCCUGUCUCUCCGUCGGACGUGUACAAAAUGUUCACUUUGCGAAAUGGUUGUUUAUUUUAUCUUCAAUCGAAUCCGCCACUACUUGAAACCAUCCCUUCGCGGUGUGGUCUCGGCACCAUCGACGCGGAUCGUUCAAUCAAUUAUCGAAUUACUGGAAUGUCAAAAUAUUGCACCACCGCGCUGCAUAAAUGGUUCCGUGUCGUAAAACGUCGCAAUAAUCCGAAUAAACAACGAAGACGAUGCAAACUAUGGAAGAGCCAUUAUCGUUCGGUAUUAAUCGUGCCACAUGGUGCGUGAAUUAGGGAAGUGAAUCACAAGAAAUUGGAACAGAGAGGUCGCUAAGAAGCAAAAAAAAAUGGCGUACAAUAAAAAUCACCUCAUUUAUAUCUACUUGGAAAGAUCCUUUUAGAUGAGCUAAAACAUUUCUUGAGUUUUUUUGGUGAAAUGUUUAGUAACAUGGAGUAUCUCGUAACGGUCGAUUUAAAAUUAAAGUUUAGCACGUUAUUCGAAAACCAUAUCUGUCACUUUUUCGAAAAUUCUACUUGAUUGAUUGUUAGUUUCCACCACUAGUAGUAGGCUCUGAAGUAAACAAUACGUCAGAAAACCCCCAAACUCAACUCUUGUUUGUAGUGUUAAUGUAUCGAUAGUUUGUGAUAAAAGUGACUAAAAGUUAAUCAAAGUUUAACCAUGUCUGUACAACGAUGGAUCCACUGUGGGCUCUGCAAUAAUCUGAUGGUAAACAAUGAGACGAAAUUUUACCAUCUCUCCUGUACGGACAUACUUUGCCGAUCGUGCAUGGGGAAAACGAACCGCGGAACAAUCUGCCCUAUAUGCAACGGCACUGUGCGUCACUUUAGCGAGCUGGGCGAUAGUAUGGGCAGGCGGGAGAAAAUGCUUUACCAUACGUCACCGACCGGUUUCUACCAGAUCGCAAGCCAAACACUCGUCUUCCAGCAGAAGCAUCGGCGAAAUCUCGUCCAAGCGAUACUGAAGGCACGCGACUCACUGCACCGGCUCGAUGAACUGGAAACACAAAUACGACAAAAGAUUGUGGAAACACAGAAACGGUACGAAAAUAUGCGUCGAUUUCGUCGAACUUUGCAAGAAAACAUGCGCCAAACAAUAACAUCGAGUGAUAGAAGAAACCCUCCAGCAGCAAGUUUGUGUACCGGUGCAACGGGAAGAAUUACUCAGCGUAGGAUAUCUGCGGCUACGCCGUUCGUGCGACCGGAAUUAGUAACACCAGUCCAGUCACAGCGAAGAUUUUCCAUCGAUUCAUUCAACUUGGUCAAUAGUGUAAAGAUGUCACAGAUGAACUAUUCGAAUGAUUCCGGCAUCGGUAUAACUCCUUCGACGAAUAAUAGUUUUGGUAGUAGUGGACGUCCUAUUUUGAGUAGCACUCCGAAGACGAUAACUCCCUUUCGAGCAGAGGCACUUUCCCAGCGUCGUAUGUCUAUUGGAGUGAGUGCUUUGGAAAUGAAUUUCACACCUUUUAAAGCACCGCGAAGAUAUUCCACUGAUUCGUUUAAUCAGUUAAUUACGGAGCAAAAUUCGCACGGCAGCAACAGUAUGUCCAAUGCUGGAGGUACUUUAGCGAAUUCCUUAUUUGUCGGACCUAAAACUACCACAACCGUUAGUGACUUUUAUUCUGUUAAUAAAAAAUGAUAUCAUAUUUCUGAUAUUCAAUUGUUAUAUAAAAGUAUAAUAACUAUAUUAGAGAUGUGCAAAGUGAGUACGAGUGAGAUAGUGAGUUGAAACGUUGUAUUGAACGAGUUUCGUUCACUCACCACGAGGAGUUUUAGUGAUUCUUUUUUCACUUACUCACUCAUGAGUGUAAGCAUGUAGCCGUGGUGAGUCGAGUCGCAAAAAGAGUAAAUACGCGAGUUGAAACAAAAAUGGGUUGAAACGAAACGCUUGAAACACAUGAGUUAAAACGGAAUGCAUGUUUACAAUACCCAAACUAGUCAAAGGAAUAUACUGCUCGCUCUGUAUAGAAAAAAAUUCUAUUAAUUUGAAAAUUUCCUAAGGCUAUAGCCUUACCUUUUUUUGAGUAAUUUUGAAAAAAAAAAAAUAAAAAUUGGUUUAUUUUAAUGCCAACUCGUUGAAAUAAGUUUCUUUUCACUCAAAUAAUGCUUUAAAUUAAAAAAAGAAUAAAAAAUCAGAAAAAAAAUUUAAAACAAUUUUCAACUCGAAAAUUUCAUAAGGCUUACCCCUUACGUUUUUUUUGAGAAAUUUUGCAAAAAAAAUUAAAUUGAUUUAUUUUAAUGCCAAUCGGUUUCAAUGUGUUUCAUUUCACUCAAGUAAUGCUUUAAAUAAAAAAAAGAGUGAAAAAUAAUCAAAAAACCAAAAAAUUCAGAAAAAUAAAAAUUUACUAAGGCUCAUUUUUGCCCCAAGUUUUACCUAUAACUCGGUCGGUAUCCAACGGAUCGCCAAUCUUAAACCUGUGGUCGAUAGAUGGCAUCAAUGGCUACAUCUUCUUCUUGGACGGCCAUGCUCUCAGGUGUCCAUGCCGGAAGUUAUUCGAGGAACCAAGUUCCAUACCCUGUUUGAGAAAAUGUAAAAUUUUCCUCAUUUGGAGCAAUUUAGCAAAAUUUAAAAAUGUGAUAUAUUUUAAUGCGAAUUUGUUGCAAUAGGUUUCUUUUCACUCAAAUAAUGCUUUAAACACACAAAAGAAAAAAAAAAUCAGAAAAAAAUU